AUGAAGGGUAAAAUUGGUUGUUUGGUGAACGGAGCCGGCUUGGUAAUGGCAAUAAUGGACUUUAUCAAGUUGAUCGGAGGCAACCCAGCAAACUUCCUAGAUGUGGGCGGUAAUUUGAAGGAAGAGCAAGAUAACAAAUCGCCAGCCGAGGUCAUGUUCAAUCGUCAAAUCAGAACGUGCCUCGAGUUGCUUCGUCCACCAACAGUUCGUAAGCCGGAAUCGACUACAAAACCUGAUAAACAGCCGAGGUUUCAUAGCAAAGACGAUCCAGUUUACGCCAAGGUCUUCACCAGAAACAGUUGGAAAUGGGUACCUGGCACCGUAUUACAACGACUGGGAGACGUCAUCUACAACGUAUGGCUAGAAGGCGAUCAAUUGCAGCGCUCACACAUCAAUGAGUUACGAGGACGAACCGUGACUGAUUCAGUAGCAGAUCAGUUGGCAAAUCCAGGGAGCAAUUGCGAUCCAAAGCUAUCCUUGGAUGUUUUACUUGAACCCUGGAACUUACCAGAACCAGGUUCGACUACUCAAGGUUCACUUCCCACUCCAGCAAUACCACCAUCUCAGCAAGCAUCUUCAUCAGGCAGAACAUUGCAACCUUCAAUUUCGCAACAAGCAUCGUCUACUCUGCGGCAUGAUCAGCUGCACAGUCCUGUGUCUAGUCCUUUGUCGUCUGGCCAGUCCCCAUCUACGUCAACAUCAUCAGCUUCAACCGAAUUUGGAUCAGCAGUUGAGGCAGAUCCGGUGAUAACAGUUCCUCGGCGAUCUUCUAGGAAUAGAAGGCCGCCGAAGUGGUUCAACCCGUACCACAUUUAUUAA